AUGGACCGCCUUGCCAUCUUUUGUCAGCUCCUGUUUUUAUGUUUUCAUCCAACGGCAGCCACCAGCCUCAUGACAGCAGAUGUAUUUGAAGCUAAAGGUCAGCGUGUGUGCAAGGCGGGCAAAGGCAGGCCGUGUUACAAGCUGGCCUAUUUCUCCGAGGUGCGGCGGAGAUUGAACUUCGGGGAGGCUGAGCUUGCGUGUCGCCGGGACGGCGGGCAGCUGCUGAGCGUGGAGUCGGCGUCCGAGCAGAAGAUCAUCGAGCAGCUCAUCACGGAGUUGCGGCCGACCGAUGGCGACUUCUGGAUCGGGCUGAAGCGUAACCACGGAGACGAGGACAGCAGCAGCAGCAGUGAAUGUUCAUCGCAGUACCGCUGGCUGGAUGGCAGCAAGUCCACUUUUAGGAACUGGCACUGGGAUGAGCCAUCAUGCGGCUAUGAGGUGUGCGUGGUGAUGUAUCACCAGCCGUCUGCACCGCCCGGGAUGGGAGGACUCUACAUGUUCCAGUGGAAUGACGACAACUGCGAAACUAAGCACAACUUUAUCUGCAAAUACAUCGCAGAGAAGUCCGCUGUCCCCUCACCCCCUAACUCCACACAUGCAGACAUCUUCCCCUCAUCUGUGCCGUGGAAUCCAAGUGAUCAUAAUGCAAAGAGGAGCACAGCCCUCAAUGUGGUGUACAUCAUCAUCCCCACCAUCCCGCUCAUACUGCUGCUGCUGACAGUGACGGGGGUCUGCUGCUUCAAAAUGCUGGGCACGCGACGAAGAAAGGAGAAAAAAUCGGAAGUGCCUCAGCCAGAUACGGGCCUCCGACCCAGCCCGACCCCGACAGACGUCUACAACGUGAUCCGCUGUCAGAAGGAUGACGACUUGGUGUCGGGGCGCCCGCACACCAAGAAUACAUCCUUCCUUAGCUCCUCGCCUGACACCCCCACCGGGGAUUAUGACAAUCUGGGAGGUCGCGACACCGAAAGCGGCUUUGUGACUCUCGCCAGCACUGAGAGCUGCUUCCUUAACUUUGACAUCAAUGACCUCAGCUUGGGCCGCCGGGGUACCCGCGACCUCUACAACAGCAGCUUGGGCCGGCCGGCGAAGAGGGACCUGACUGACGGGAGUCUGGCUCAUCCCAGCCAAUUUUACGACAGGAGUCUCGGCCGCCGAACAACCAAGAGUGAGCAUUUUGGCUGCAGCAGGGCCUACGGGGACCACGAGCUGUACGAAGACAACGUGACAGCCAAGACUGACCUCUAUGACUUCAAAGUGAAGCCUGUGGAUCACACGGUGAAGGCUGACCUGUAUCAGACGUACACCACCGAUGGCAAGAUGGAUUCUUACCAAAGCAUCUUGGGAAGCUACGGAAGCAGAAAAUCCUACCAGGCUACUCUGGAUAGCUACAGAAGUGCUCUGAAUUUUGAUGGAGGAAGGAGAUACUUCAAUGAACAACACUGGCUCGACAGUGAAAAGUACUGAUGUGUGUGUUCGUAGGUCUGAUUAUAGGAUGUUAAGACACUGCAUGCAAGUUGCAAAAAAUUUCAGAAAUGGAUCAAACCGAUUGGCCACCUUCUUUAGUCAAUGUAAGACAUAGUCACUUGCUGGCAAAAACAUUGGAUAGACCUGCAUAAUCAAAUCCAAAUCCAAUGCAAGAGCUGGAGACAAUGUACGACCCCAGACAAACUUUAUUUUACUAUCCAGUCUUGCAACAGCCUUGUAAAUACUGUACAUCACGGGUGUCAAACUUGUUUUCAUUGAGGGCCACACCGCAGUCAUGGCUACCAUCAGGGGACGCUUGUAACAGUAAAUAAUAAAUGAAUUUGCCUAUGAAUUUAAAUAUUUUAAAUUAUUUUACUAAAGAGUAAAACAAAUCUGUGGAUUUUACCAGUUUUUUACAGAAAAAAACUGGCAGCUUAGUUGCCAGACUUUU